UUGCGCAUCCAACCAGAUUUGCUAUUAAAAUUGUCUGUUUUUAAUUAGAAGGAGCUGCUUCAAGUGAACGGUCAUACAAAUCGACGAUCCAUAACAUAAGAAGAUAACAUAAUCGCAAAUAAUCGCAUUCGAUACGAUAAUUCGUCCUUCAUAGUUUCAUGAUAAUUUGACUCGACAUAACUUGGCAAAAGAGGAUGACAUUUAAUUUCUUGAUUAACUCCAUGUAAUCGAGACGUUCCACUUUCACGAUGAACUGCAAGUGCUUUUAUGCAGUAUGAGAAAUCGAUUAUACUAUUAUAUCUCCAUUUUUGUCUUGCUCGUGAUAUUACAACCGAUUUCUCACGCGAAGCGCGUCAACGAUACUCGCAGAGCGAAACGAGAGGCAUCCGUUGCUGAAGAAGUGUCACAACCGCGAGAAAACGCCAACUAUGAAAGAGAGGUAAACUCGGAGCGCGAGGAAAGGAGUAAUGAUGAUCUUGAAAAGGACGAUCAACAAGAGAAAUGUAAGAUCUCGAAGGAAUCCGCGAAUUUCAACGUCCAAGAAACAAACGCCGAGAAAUCUAUCGCCAGUCCUAUAGCCAGUCGGCUGAAUUUGAACGAAGAAUCGGAUUAUGCGGAGGAAGAGGCGGGUGAAGAGACAGCGAAACAAGAAAGCGAUAAAGACGUAGAGACGAGUGAUCUGAAGCGUUUAACCCGUGACAUCAAUGUCGAGAAAUAUACGGAUCAGGAUGAGAGAUCGAAUCUGUACGACGAUUACGAGACGAAGGAAGUCGCGAAGCGUGGCGUUCUGGAUGGUCCAGCGGAUUACGAGGAAGUGGAGGACGAUUCACCUGGGACAUUGGAAAAUACAGUCGCGUUAAAGGAACGAGAUGAAGGAGAAAGAGAGACGCGGGAGAAUGAUUCUCGGGUGAAGAGAGAUCAAGCGCUUUCGGAAACGCUUGAUAAAUCCGAAUCGAGCAAUUCAGCGAAGCUAGAAGAAUCGAAGCUCGCGGAGAGUCCUUUGACGGACAAACUUUCCCAUGCCGAAUCAUCGAAAAACUUUAAUCGACGAGCAUCGGCGUCCGACGACUCAGCAUGCAAGAUGAAAGAACCCGCUGGAACGAACGAGAUGAUUUCAAAAUCGAGCAGUUCCACCGAGAACAAGGAACCGGCGAAUAUAAUUACUUCGUUCAACGAAGACGAGUCGAGCGCGGAAUAUGGGAAGCGGGUGGAGGAGGAGAUUCAACGGAAAAUCGAUUCGAUUAAGGAGGAGAUCAAACGUGACAUCGAGGUGCAGCGACGAAUAAAGGAUAUUGAGAAAAACAACGCCAAGUUCGACGAGUUGCGGGAUCAGGAAGAGGACGAGGAGAAACUUGAGGGUGAACCGAUCGAAAAGCGCCAGAUAAAAAGAUCGAUACAAGAAAUCGUCGCUCCUUCCUCGAAGAGAGACGAUAAGAAAUGCUGCUUGAAGGGAGAACAACGCGAUAAGCUGCAACGUCGGUCCAGCGAGAUCGGCAGGCCGGAGACUUUGAAAGAAAGCGAAAAAUUGAAAAGACAAUCCGCUAUUAAUCGCGAUAAAUUUUCCGAAGGACAAGCUCCUUUGAAAGGGCUUUUCAAAAAGAAACGCGAGCGCGUCAGGCAAACUUUCCUAGUAAACAAUGAUCGGGCAAAGCGAAGAGGUUCGAGAAGUUACACAUCGCUAUCUGAUCGCUCGGCCGCCAGACCGGAAAACGAAUUAUUGGAUAUCAAUUCUUAUCACCAUGCGGACGAUGGAAUGCUACAAGCAUCUUCGUCCAUUGCCGGCGAAGAUGAGAGCAACGACGGAGAACAGAGUGCUACAAUGGAACGUUCAAAUUCCUUGGCGUCUCUCACUGGGAGUUCGCAAGAAUUGAGUCCACGUUUAGCGAGAGAUUACAAAGAGGCCUUCGGUGGAUUGCAGAGUGAGCCUAGCGGUGCUCUCGCUAGAUUCAAAAGGAUCAAACGCGUACUCGGCGGUCCUGAUGCGAAAAUUUAAAGUCUCUCAUAGGGGAUAAAAUGAAACGAAUCAUUCUCUCUUCAGGAUAUUUCCAUGAAAUGAAAUUAUCACGAACAAUAUAACUUUCCGAAUUUUUAUCUUCGCGCAGUGAAGAACUAAGUAGGAGUAUAAGACAUAUAUAGACUUUUUUUACGAAACGAAAUAUUUAUAGAUCUUUACGAGAGAGCAGCAUUUGUAAUUAGAGAGAGAGAGAGUCUAUAGCUUAUAAUAUAGGGUGUAAUCACGAGACACUCGGAGAGAUUGCGAGUCGAUUUAAUUAAGUAGCCUAAAUGAACGAGAUAUAUAU